AUGGCAGAUGCUUUGGAAAUUGCUUGUCUAUGUGAAGACGAUGAUUUGCUGCUCAUCUCUACAAUUAAGGAAGACGAUGUCAAAAGUCAACAGCUAAAUCUAGAAAAUUUAUCUGAAGAAGCGUUUUAUUCAUUCUUUCGAUUUCAAAAGAAUGAUAUUUCUCGACUUUGCGAGGCACUGUCCCUUCCAGACAAAUUCGUAUGCCCGAAUGGUACUCGGGUGGCUUCUACAGAGGGUGUCAUGAUACUGCUUCGGCGCUUGUCAUAUCCGAAUAGGCUUGAUGACAUGAGACCAUUGUUCAACCGUUCGAAGUCAGAACUUUCAUACAUUUCAAAUACUGUUUUGGAUUACUUGUACCACAAACAUUCGGGUAAAUUUAGUGACCUGAAUCAAAGUUGGCUGGACGAAGAACACCUUCGAAUGUAUGCUGAUGCCAUAUCAGAUAUUGGUGGACCUCUCCCCAACUGCUGGGGUUUCAUAGAUGGAACCUGGGGUUUCAUAGAUGGAACCGUCAGGCCGAUAUGUAGACCUUCGACGAACCAAAACUUAGUCUACAGUGGACACAAAAGGGUGCAUGGAUUAAAAUUUCAAUCUGUAGUCAUACCUAAUGGUUUAAUCGCAAACAUGUAUGGCCCUAUAGAGGCAAAGCGCCAUGAUUCUGCGAUGCUACGUAUGAGUGAACUACUUCCAAAACUUGAACAAUGCAUGACAAUGAACGAUGGUACAGUAUUUUCUCUUUACGGCGAUCUUGCUUAUCCGUUGCGUGUGCACCUUAUCACACCUUUCAAAGGAGCUGUUCUCAGCAAUCAGGAAAGAAUAUUUAAUUGUAGAAUGUCAAAGCUCCGUUCUAGCGUUGAAUGGACAUUCGGAAAAAUCCUCUCUCUGUUUGCUUUCGUUGACUAUAAGAAAAAUCAGAAACUAUUUUUACAACCUGUGGCAAAGUACUAUCUUGUAGCAUCAUUGCUCACAAAUUGCCACACCUGUCUGUAUGGUAGUGUUACGAGCGAGUACUUUAAUCUUCCACCUCCUACACUUGAGGAAUACAUGGCAUAA